AUGAACAUCUGCAACAAGGUUUGGAUCACUGGUGCCCUCUUGGCAGCCAUCCAGUCUGAAUCUGCCGUGAACGCCUUUGUCAACACAAAUCAUGGUGCCAACAAGAAGGCGCCACUAAAAAGUCCACUACUACAUGCUGCUCCCAAGCGUUUGGAAGAAAAUGUCGAAGGUGUGGUCUAUGUCAAUGAGAAGUGCAUCAACUGUGCGGCUUGUUCCAAUUUUGCGCCUUCUGUCUUUCGCAGAGCCGAUCGAGAUUAUGCUCAUAUAGUGCAUCGUCAACCAGAAACCAAGGAGGAAAUUCUAGAUGCCAGGGCCGCCAUGGCAGCGUGUCCCGUGGCCGCGAUUCGCAGUGAAACUUUGGCCCAACGACGUCAUCGUAUGCCCGACAACAAUAAUAGUAAGCAAGCCGUACGAGAUUCUUGGACGGAACAAGAUGAAGAGUUGGUGCGGCAAAUGGCAUUGAGUCCCAAAGUCAAUGGCUUGGAAUUGCCCUUUCCGCGACCACUAAUGCAUCAUGAUGCGACAACAACCAACAACAACAAUGACAACAACAAUAUCCGAAAUGUCUACAAUGUCGGUCAUCACAAUGAAGAUAGCUUUGGCGCCACCCCCUAUCUGGUACAAGCCACCUUCCAGGGACAGUCCGUGUGGAUCCUGGUGGAUACACCACGCUUUGGCAAGAGUGCCAUGGAGGCAGUCACACAAAUUACUGGCCCCAAUGGACCCGACUACAUGUUCUUGACCCAUGUCGAUGAUACGGCCGAUCAUGACAAAUGGGCUGCCGAAUAUCCUUCCCUGAAACGAAUCUUUCAUGCCGGUGAUACAGGACGACACAAUUGGCGUCGGGACGAAGCGUUGAAUGAUGUCGAAAUCAUGUUGCCAGUGCCAUCCACCAGCAGUACUAAGGCCGCCUAUGCAUUGGAUGGAACACCCUUGUCGUCGGCCGCCUGGUAUAAUGAUUUCCUGCAGGAUCCCGACACCAAUGUCGUCAUUCUACACACUCCGGGACAUUCUCCCGGAAGCAUUACACUGUGGAAGAAACCCGACAACGAUCAACCCGGCAUUAUCUUUACGGGGGACCAUUAUGCCUUCACGACACGAACGGGACGCAUGUCAGGAUUCCCACGCUAUGGCAACAAUUUGCAACUUCAGGCCGAAUCUCUCCAAGGGUUGCUCGACUUGGAGUGGGACGUUGUGGCUCCCGGGCAUGGUCAUCCAAGGGAUUACAGUCAAGAAGGAGACAACAAGGACGACCUGAAGAAAACAGAGAUGGAGGAAGCCUUGAUGGACCUUCACAAGUAA